UAAGCCGCAGUUCACUCGCAGAGGUGGCAAUUGGAAGCUUGUCUGACUAAAUGAACAACUAGUAGGAACUCGUAGCUCUACUAAAAAAAUUUGUGUCAUGUCCAGGAAGAAGGUUCCAUCUGAAAGACUGUUCUUAGCUGCCUUUUUCCUUGGUACUUCUGGACUGUUGUGAGUGUUCUCUCUGAUUAGUCUGGUUAAUUCGGUAAUUGGUAAAAGUGGGUCAGUUGAUUGAGGUUUCUGUGCUAUUACAAACUUUUGAAUUGCACAAACAUCUUAAUUAAAAGAGGAGGUCGACUAUCUUGCACUGCUUGCUACACUGAAUGGAGCUUGUGAGCCUUGGUAACCCAGAUGGACCAUUCCGGAAAAGGGCUUCUGGCUAGUCCAGUUAUCGGCGUUGGUGUCCAAAGCACAUUUUUCGUUGCCUUCCGAAGUGACAAAACACCUGCGCGUGCUGGCCACUUUUCUCUCUCCCUCUCAUGUGACGGUUUGGUGUUGGACUGGGGUUUAAGCGUUUGUUUACAGGCGCGCUCGCGCACCGGGUUGCCAUGGGUAACUGCGGUAGCGAGCGCUGCUAUGGCCCACCGAGUUUUCGACGUUGGCAUCGGAGUUUUCAUUCUAGCGGUCCUGUGGUCGUGUACUUUCCUGCUUUGCGGAUUUCUCUCGAAAACGAAAGGGCAGGCGUCAGCUGCCGGUGUCUUCCUCCUGGCAGUGGGCCUGACAGCGGUGCUCCUAGCAGUGCCUCGAGGCGAAAGCCAGCUGCCAGGCGAGCAGGAAGAUACGGACCCGCUGUUCAUCUGGCGCAAUGCCCUGACGGUGCUCUUGGGACUCUGCAGUCUGGUGUCACCAUUUAUAAUGCUCAAAAUGCACUGGGCUGUACCAGUGCACGCCAAAAGCCUCGACAGACAGAGCGCGGUCAUCAGACGUCGCACCGUCACUCUGGCAUCCCCCGAGUUGAGCAAUAAUUCGAGAUCCGCAUAGGAAUCAUUUCAACUAACAAAACAGAAAAAAGUUCUUUACUGCCCGUGGUCCCCACGCUCAUUAAAGUUGUGAAUGUUUUGGCUUGAAAACGUUGAAAACCCUCCACGUUCGAGCAGCCAAAAAAUUUUCAGAAAUGCUUAGUAAUCUCAAUUUCUUGUUUCAGGCAUUUUCAGGCAAUCAAAUUUCGUUUAUUCUCCAUAUAUACUUUUUAAAUAGUAUUUUUAAAAUUUUUUUUUAUGAAAACAAAUAUAUUGAUUUGGUAUUUAUCAAAGCAUAGAUAAAUCUGUGUCAACUGCCAUUGUGCAGUUAAGUGGAGGAAAUAGGCAUGAUAAUGCUAGCAUUUCUGAUCAGUCAGGCUGGAGCAAUGUACUGAAUAGUUGGGGAACACGUGUCAUGUCCUCUACUAUAUAAGACUUACCCCAGCUUGUGCAUCACUCUUUUUCCAACUAUUCAUGUCCAAUUUAAUUUGUUGCAAUCAUACCCACACCAUGCAGGUACUACCCAUAAAUGCAAAUUGCUUGCCAUUGAAAUAAACACCCAUUCAUUAAAGGGGUAAUGUAGAUGGUUGAGCGUGUUGGUUUCUAAUUUACAUGUCCUUCUUUCAUUAUCACAAAUUAAGGGUUAAGAUAUUGAAUUUACGAUUUUGGUCCUCGCCGUAUUUUUUAAA